UGGGUACUACACGUGGAUCACAGAGAAGUGGGAGCCCCACCGUGAACGUUUUUCUUUAACUCUUAUUUUAUUUUCUGCGAACAACACCACAACAACACCGCCACAAUGGUGAAACCACAGUUUAAGGGGAAUAGUUCGAUUAACAAAUCAACGUCCAGUAGUAACCCAGACCGACCUAAGGGGUCCGGAGGUAACAACAUGAGGGACCGUGCCACUAUCAAGCGCCUGAAUAUGUACAGGCAGAAACAGAGAUGCAACAACAGAGGGAAAGUGAUAAAGCCGCUGCAGUACCAGUCCACAGUGGCCCCCGGCACAGUAGCACGCGUGGAGCCCAACAUCAAAUGGUUCGCCAAUACACGUGUGAUCAAGCAGUCCUCUCUGCAGAAGUUUCAGGAUGAGAUGGGUGCGGUAGUGAAGGAUCCCUACAGGGUGGUGAUGCGGCAAACCAAACUGCCCAUGUCCCUACUGCACGACCGCGUCAAAGCACAUAACUCCAAGGUGCACAUUCUGGACACGGAGACAUUUGAGACGACCUUUGGCCCCAAGGCCCAGCGUAAGCGCCCGAGUCUGAGCGUGGGGGACAUGCAGGACCUGGUGCAACAGGCAGAGGCCUCCGCUGACACCUACAGCGCAGACAAGGACACAGAUCUUGUCACUGAGGACAGUGGUAUCAGGAAUGAAGUUCGUGAGGAGAUCUUCAAGAAGGGCCAGUCCAAGAGGAUUUGGGGUGAACUCUACAAGGUGCUCGACUCUUCGGAUGUGAUCAUCCAGGUGCUAGACGCCCGUGACCCGAUAGGCACGCGCUCCAAGAACAUCGAGACCUACCUGAAGAAGGAGAAGCCCUGGAAGCACCUCAUCUUCGUCCUCAACAAGUGUGACCUCAUCCCCACCUGGGUCACGAAACGCUGGGUGGCCGUAUUGUCCCAUGACUACCCCACCCUGGCCUUCCAUGCCAGCCUCACCAACUCCUUUGGCAAGGGCUCACUCAUACAGCUGCUACGGCAGUUCGGCAAGCUGCACACGGAUAAGAAGCAGAUCAGUGUGGGCUUCAUUGGCUACCCCAACGUGGGCAAGAGCUCCAUCAUCAACACACUGAGAUCCAAGAAGGUCUGCAACGUAGCGCCCCUCGCAGGAGAAACCAAGGUGUGGCAGUACAUCACUCUGAUGAGACGGAUCUUCCUCAUCGACUGUCCAGGUGUGGUGUACCCCUCAGAGGACAGCGAGACGGACAUUGUGCUCAAAGGAGUGGUGCAAGUGGAAAAGAUCCGUAACCCGGAGGACCACAUCGGUGCCGUGUUGGAGCGGGCCAAGGCUGAGUACAUCCAGAAGACCUAUCGGAUCCCCUCCUGGACCAACGCAGAGGACUUCCUGGAAAAGCUGGCACUCCGCACGGGAAAACUCCUGAAGGGGGGUGAGCCUGACCUUCCCACCGUGUCUAAGAUGGUGCUGAACGACUGGCAGCGCGGGCGCAUUCCGUUCUUCGUUAAGCCCCCUGGCAUGGAGACCGAUGAGGAGGCCGCCGCAGCAAUGCUGUUGGAGCGAGGUGUGCAGGAGGCCGAGCAGGCAGUGGGAGAGGAGGAGGCGCAGGCUGGGGAGGAUCAGAGCCUCCAAGCCUCCACCUCCACCAGCCAGGAGGCGCAGCAGGAACAGCAACAGCAGGCCGUCCAGCAGGAGCGCGUCCAGAGGAUGCUGUCCAGCAUUCGCCAGAACUUCGGCAAGAUCAAUGUGGCGCCCGAGUUCAGCGAAGAGGACCUGGUGCCCGUGGAGAUGCCAGACCUGCCCGACAGCUUUGGCAGCGACGACGAGGAGGAGGAAGAUGAGGAGGAGGGCAGUGAAGGAGAGGAGGGAGAGACGAGGGAGGACGGGGAGGAGGAGCAGCAGGAGGAGAAGGAGGAGGUGGAAGAAGGCUCCUCCAAGAGCAGGAGUGCACGCGAGGAGAACAUUGAGCUGGACGACAAGAUUGCCAAGCUGAAGCAUUUCCUGGACAAGGCCAAGUCCAAACACUUCUCCGCUAUCCGGAUCCCAAAAUCUCUAUCUGAGAAGGUGUUGGUGGACAUGAAGGCCAAACAGACCGCUGCGAAUAAACGCAAACGCACCAAAGGUGUGACGCAGACGAAUCGAAAGAGGAAGGCUGAGGAUGAUGAAGAGGCAGAGGGCAGACGCAAGAUGACGUCUAAAGAGAAACGAAGGAUGGACCGUGCCCAGAAGACAAAGAAGGUUGGCGUGCGGUACUAUGAAACGCACAAUGUCAAAAACAAGAACAAGAACAGAAAAAUGCCCACAGAGAACAACAAAGCAAAGCGGACCAAACGAUAAAUACGUGGGCCGCUCCACUGCUGCGUCAUUCAAUGGACAUUUUUAUGCAAGUGCAUGGCAGGAGAGAUGUCCAUUAUGUUUGUGUAUUGGUGCGAGUCUGAUCCAUUUAUUAUUUAUGGAGCGGACUGAAGAAUGUUGAUCGCCUUCAUUUUCUCCAAAUCCUGAGGGAAAGCGAUGGCCUGCUACUGCCCCUCGCUGCUGUCUUCAAGUAUGUAUCUCUAUCGUUCUGUAUGGGACGCAGGAUAUGCUAACUAUGGAAUGCAACCAUUCUGUUGCGUGCUCACCAACGUUUGUCAGUGGCUUUUACACUGGUGUGUAUUGUCUCCAUGCAUCUGUUAAUAAAGAAGCGUAGAGACAGACAACUGA